GACGCAAUGACUUUUGAAAGCAAAAGUCAUUGGUUUGACGUCCUUAAAUUCGUUUAGUGGUUAUUUGGUACGCGUUGUAACGAAAUUAUUAAAAAAAUUUUAUUACUAAAAUUAUCACCAAAUAGCUUCACAAAGAAAAUCAUGAGCGAAUUAACUCAAGAAGAAAUACGUAGAAGACGCUUAGCUCGACUUACUGCCAGAGGAAGUACAUCACCGUCUAAUUCAUUGUCACCUCCAAUUACUCCCACUUCUCAAUCUCCAAUAAACACAAAUCUUGUACAUAUUCCAGUUAAUUUUCAAACAACUCCUAAUCCUUUGGAUGAUUCUAAAUCAGAUGAUGUUAACAGUGAACUUAAAAACCCUGAAACAGAUAAGAAAGCAGAUGUUUUCAAGGAACCUACCAAACCAAUUGACAUUAAUAUGCCAUCAAGUUCAAAAAGUCGAUCUAGAGCUCCACCUCAAAGAAGCGACUCUGAAACUAGUUCUAUUCAUAUGGAAGUUGAUGACAUAGGUGGUGGUGCAGAUAAAAUUUGUGCAAAUACUGACAUUGAUUCUGGUUUUGAAAAUAUGGAGGUUGAUGACUUAGAUGCACAAAAGAAAGAUUUACAAAGAAAACAAACUGUAUCCACUGAACUAACAUUACAACAACUUCAUUCAUCAGUGGCAAGAGUUUUACUAUCAACUUUCAAGAACACUUCAGAAACGCGUCUUUAUUUACCUGAAACAGCUAAAAUACUUCAAGAAACUCCUAAUAUAUCUGUGCGGGACCUUACUUCAAAUGCUAUUAUGGAGAUACUUUACAAAAUAGUAAAAGAAGAGAAUCCCUUUCAAGCUCUGUCACAAACGACGUCUGACAUGUGUGAGACUGGAAGUUUAGGAUCAUUUUCAGCUAGUCCAUCAAAUUUGAGCCCUUCCUCUUCCAGUCCAACAACAGAAAGUUACCCAAUGCCUGUUUUAACAUUAAAUAAGGGUACUCAAAAUAGUGUAACAGUUGCUAUCAAUUUUUUAAUGGAUUGUUACAAUAGAGUUGGUGUUGAAGAGAGGAACAAUCCAAAAAGAUCAAGUAUUCCUCCUAUGAGUGAUAUCCUAACUGAGCUACGUGCUCAGGUUAUUCAUUAUGUUACACUUAUAGUGCAAGGAUUUAUCAUCACACCUGAAAAUCUAUUAGAAUCUCCCUUGUUGUAUCCAGUAUUACAACAAUCUCUUCCACGAGGUUUCUUAAUUGAACUGAUUAAUAGGACUCACACAAAUGAAAAAUUACUUUCCAAUGUAUUCACUCCUAUAUUACAAGGGCUGUUUAAAAUUAUGCAACAAGCUAGUAUAGUUGGUGAUGAGCAUCGAGCUCCCAUUCAAACAUUGUUUGAAUUGACAGAUGUUAGGUGCGGACCACGACCUAUUUGUACUCUAGUUACCAAACAAGUUCAAUUUUUACCGUCACUAAGCACACCAGCAGCUGGAAGAGAGAUUAUGAGGUGCUCAUUCCUUGGACCUUUUUUGAAUGUGUCUGUAUUUGCAGAAGAUGAACCCAAGGUGGCAGAAAAGUUCUUUUCCGGAAACAGUUCCAGUGAUAAGAGUUUAAUUCAAGUCCUACAGUCUGAAUUAGAAAACACUAGAGGACUACAACAUAGAAUAUUCCAUUUUAUGAUGGCAAAUCAGGAUAGUAGAGACUUUUGCUUGAAUUAUAUUGCUCAAAUUUUAAAAUAUAAUGAAAAAAGAUCUCAGCUACAAAUGGAAGAAAGGACUCUGGCCGGAGAUGGUUUUAUGUUGAAUCUAUUAAGUGUACUACAGUUUCUUUCAUUAAAAAUUAAACUUAACAAAAUGGAUUUUAUGUACCCCUUUCAUCCAGAGACAGUUGUAUCCAUUAACAACAAUACAAGACUUAAAUAUACUUCUCAGGAAGUUGCAGAUUGGUUAGCAGAGUUUGGUAAAACUCAUGAGCAUCAAACGCCGAAUUUUUCAACAAUAUGUUGGUUCCUAACAUUACACUGCCAUCAUUUGUCCCUUUUACCUGCCCUUCAAAAGUAUCAAAGAAGGUUGAGAGCGAUAAAAGAUUUACAAAAAUUACUCGAAGAAACCGUGUCAGCCGAGGCACAGUGGCGAAACACACCAUUUGCCAAUAGAAAUAAACAAUUCAUCAAAAGAUGGAGACAACAACUGAAGAAAUUGAAUAAAUCCAAGAUAUGCGCAGAUGCUGGUAUUUUGGAUAAGAAUUUAAUGAGACGAUCCCUUGUCUUUUAUUCAUCUGUAUCAGAAUAUUUAAUGAGCCUAAUGACGAACGUUCCCCCUGGUAGCCCUUUACCGGAAUUACCUCUUGCAGUAGAUUCUCCAGCAUUUUCUUCAUUACCUGAAUGGUAUAUGGAGGAUAUUGCAGAGUUUCUCCUCUUUGCACUACAGUAUUUCCCCAACGUAAUUGCUGACAAUAUGGAAGAUAGUAUGAUAUCAUGGUUAUUAGUGACAAUAUGUUCAUCAAAUAUGGUAAAGAAUCCAUAUUUAGUUGCCAAACUAGUCGAAGUAGUUUUUGUAAUAUUGCCAACAAUACAACCUCGUUGUGAAGUAAUUUAUUCUCGUCUUAUGAACCAUCAUAUCUCGCAAACUAUACUCCCUAGUUCUUUAAUGAAAUUCUACACGGAUGUCGAAACUACAGGCUCAAGUUCGGAAUUCUACGAUAAAUUUUCUAUACGUUAUCACAUAAGUUUAAUUAUAAAAAAAAUGUGGUUGUCAUCCGUCCAUCGCCAAGCGGUUAUCAACGAAUCCCGUAGCGGAAUACAGUUUGUUAAAUUCGUUAAUAUGUUAAUGAAUGACACCACAUUUUUACUCGACGAAUCCUUAGAAUCCCUAAAAAGAAUACACGAAGUACAGGAAUUGAUUAGCGACGAAGAUAAAUGGUCAAAACUAUCUUCUGAACAACAGCAAAGUAGAAUGAGACAGCUGAAUUCAGACGAAAGACAGUGCAGAUCGUAUUUGACGCUUGCCAGAGAGACAGUAGACAUGUUUCAUUAUUUAACGGUGGAUAUUAAGGAACCAUUCUUAAAAUUGGAAUUAGUUGAUAGAUUAGCUUCAAUGUUGAAUUUCAAUCUCCAGCAGCUUUGUGGUAAAAAAUGUAAGGAUUUGAAAGUGAGGAAUCCUGACAAAUAUGGUUGGGAACCGAGAAGGUUACUUAGUCAAUUAGUUGAUAUUUACCUACAUUUAGAUUGUGAUAAAUUCGCAGCAGCUCUCGCAGGUGAUGAGAGAUCAUUUAGGAAAGAAUUAUUUGAAGACGCAGUUGCUAGAUUAGAACGUAUUUCCAUCAAAACUCCAGUACAAAUUGAACAAUUCCGAGCUUUGUCCAAUAAAGCUUGUCUUAUUCUCGAAAACAACCAGAAAUCUGAAGACUGGUUAGCUGAUGCUCCAGAUGAAUUUAAGGAUCCUUUAAUGGAUACUCUUAUGUCUGAUCCUGUUUUACUUCCAAGCGGACAGAUUAUGGACAGACCUGUAAUCUUGAGACAUUUAUUAAAUAGUAACACAGAUCCUUUCAAUAGACAGGUUUUAACUGAAGAAAUGUUGAUUCCAGCUGAUGAUCUAAAGGAGCGUAUACGAAUAUGGAAAUCUGAAAAAAUCUCAAAAUCAAAUUAAAGUUUUAGUUACAUUUGAAAAAAACUGUAUUGAUUGAAAGUGUAUUUAAAGAAAAAGGUUUGUUUAAAUCCUAUAUUCAAUUGUGAUAAUUGUGUAAUAUAUUUCAUUUUGUACUUUUUCUACGACUUAAAAAUUUAUUUAUAGAUAUGAUUUGCAUUUAUGAUGAUUGGAGCCAAAGGAAGAUAAAAUGUUAUUAAAUUCAUUCAACAAUCACUUUUAUUCAUUGUGAACAUUUAUGUUAAUCUGUUGUUUAGAAGUGCAAUCCUGUAAAACGAUACAUUUUUUGUACAGAUAUCAAGUAUUGUUUCUAUAACAUGCAAUAAAAACUUUGGAUUAAUUAAA